AUGGCCGAUACCAAACGCGCAUCGACGAGUGACAAGGGUGCGAAGCGGCGUAGGAUCACGAGGGCGUGCGAUCAGUGCCAUGCCCGAAGCAUCAAGGCGAGUCGUCCGUUCUCGUUAUCGUUCGUGCUCCGUAGGGCUGGCUACCCGGGCUCCUGCUCAACGCUCAAUGCUCGAAGAAACUAUCUCUGUCGCGAGUCGUGCGCCGACCCUCGCCGCCCCCGCCAGAGACACUUUAUGUGGCCCUGACCUCAAGCCCGAUUUGGGGCUUCAGCCCACCCACUCACAGCCCUUCACGGGAGCUGACCCAUCUCUUCCCCGCACAGUGUGUUCAAAACGAAAACGGGCAAUGUAAUGCGUGCGAGACCACCCACAAGAGCUGCACCUACGACCGACCAAAGUUGACCCGCGGCGUACGUCGCCAAGCCAGAGAGGACAUGCAGCCUGGUCCGCUUCGGAUCAAUCUAUGCCGGCGCUUAGAACUGACCCCCACUUCGCUUCCUCGGGAUCGCGUUUUCCCCACUUUCCAGCCGACACCCAAGUGUAAUGAUCCCGGACGGUCACCCGCCAGCUCUUUUGGCGAGAGCCCUUCCUCGAUCAAUAAUAUCUCGACGUCGAGCUCGAACCCACAUCCGAGACAGGCGCCGACGAAGCAGCCGUCGUCGGGGGCAGCAGCAGCAGCGGCCGAAAACGGCGUCGCCGCGACCGCUUCUGCGUCCAAUGCCUCCACCUCGGCACCACCUCCAGCUACCUCCUCCUUGCCUGCAUCCACGUCUUGGCAGCCACCCGAGGUCGCUCACAGCGGUUCGAUCCCUCUCCUGUGCGAGUACUACUACCAGACCAUAUACCCGUGCACCCCCUUGUUCCACUGGCCGACGUUCGUCCCUCGAAUCCGGUCUCAGGAGUACCUCACCAACCGACCUCUUUGUGCCACCGUACUCAGCUUGUGUGCCGUUGCCUCCGCUCGGUGGCGAGAGUGCGGGCCUUCGACCAUCUUCGUACCCCCUCCCGAGUGGUCGCAUCUCAAUCGACCGCCGCCGGACGUGCCCGAAGAAUUCUUGGACGCGGCUCGACGAACGAUCCACAUCGGCCCCAUCUCGGGUCAACGCCAUGCCUUUGACGAUAUUCGAGCAUCGGGGUUGCUCACCAUCGCUGCCGUUCAAUUCGGUCUGUUCGACGAACUUGCGUAUUGGAUGGGCGUCUACUUUGCCAUGGCGGGGCAGAACAACUUGCAUUCGGAGCAGAUGUGGCCCAACGAUCUGUCUGUCGUCGAGCGCGACGAGAUGAGACACCUCGUUUGGCUCAUUUACCAACACGACGUCUAUACCUCCGUCGUUGUGGGGGGACCGAUCCUGCAUCGAGAGGUCCAGGUCGAUGUAUCAUACCCGACCGAGAUGCCCGACGCACCUUCGUCGUAUUGGAUCGAAGGCUGGAACAAGACCUCGGACGUCUAUCGCCUCCUCGAACACGCCUGCAACGCGUACCGCAACGUGUCCCACGCUUCGGCUCUGACCCGGCCUCUUCUCGUCAGCCCGAACCAAGGACAUGCUUCGACACUGUUGACAGGGGCUAUCGAAGCGUUGCGCAAGUCGCUACCGCGGUGGUGUACCCAGUUCCGUCCCGUUCCCCCCGGUCAAGAGAUCCAACUCCAUCGCCUCAAUUUCACGGCUCUCAAUCUUCUUCUGACAUUUCAAAAUGCGAGCAUCAUAUCGCUGUGCGCGAGGAAUGGGUUCACGACUGAGGAAGGUGUCGCGGUUGCAUUGCAGCUGGUCAAAUCGUUGGAUCAAGUCCCUGCGGAAUACCUACAGGCAAUGAACAUGCCCUUGGUCGGUCCAGCAUCUUCCCCGCGAGAUACAAACCUCACGUUCUUUAAAGCUGACAUUCACUUACGAUCGUUCCCCACCCGUCCUCCACAGUUCUACCAACUGAUCGGCGUCGGCAUCGUCCUGCAAAGCGGAGCCGCCCCCGCCGUGACCUCUCAAUCGACGCUCAUCUCCGUCCAAUCGAUCCUGCGUGACAUGUCCCGUAUCAUCAAGCUUCUCGCCGCGAACGGCGGCACCCAAUCGAACCUGAUCAUGAACGCCGCCUUGGUCCUCGACAAACACGUCGCCGAUCUGGACCUCCUCAUCCGGCCUAGUAGCGUCAGUGCGGAUGCGAGUGCGUUGUUGGGCUUGCCGGCGCAUUUGUUCGAGUGGCCGGCGAAUAUGCCCCAAUUCGAAACGCUGUUCCCGGAUUUGACGAUGGGGUCGUUAUUGGGUUCUUGA